CGGCGGUCUCCACAGCUCGCCUUAUUUACUGCCUCCAUAAGAAGACCAGCAAGCCUGCACCACCUCCAAGCGAUGAUUCGCGACAGUAUGGACAAGAUGGAAGCGAUGCUUCGAGGUAGCAUGAGCAAGAUGGACAGCAACUACCUAGCCGAACCGGACGUGGCUAUGAUGUCGACGGAGCCGGCGCCAGCCGCAGCGUACCAAGCUAAGUCUCCGUUAUUUCGGGAGUGUAUGGCCGAGUUCCUCGGUAUGCUAGUCUUCAUGUCGUUCGGCACGGGCGUCGUCGCUCAGGUCGUGUUGAGCGAGGGAUCGAAAGGUGACUUCCUCAGCAUCAACUUGUGCUGGGGGCUCGGAGUUCUCUUUGGAAUCCACGUCUGCGGUGGCGUCUCCGGUGCGCACUUGAACCCCGCCGUGACUGUGUCGUUGGCGCUGUUCCGCCGGUUCAAGUGGAGGAAAGUCCCGUUCUACGUGGCAGCUCAACUCCUGGGGGCUUUUGUAGCGUCGGCUAUUGUCUGCAUGGUGUAUGCCCCGCUGAUCAGCGCCACCGACCCGCACAAGAUGGAAACGCAGGGCAUUUUUGCUACAUAUCCGUACAGUGACGACGUUCCCACCGGCACGUGCUUCCUGACGGAAGUCGUGGGCACUGCGCUGCUCGUUGGCUGCCUGUUUGCCAUUGGUGACGAGAUGAACAAGCCUGCGAGUCCUUACUCACAGCCUGGAGCGGUGGCUCUUUUGGUGGCAGCCAUCGGAAUGGCAUUCGGUAUGAACACCGGAUACGCUAUCAAUCCGGCUAGGGACCUCGGUCCGCGUCUGUUUUCGCUGUGUGCUGGAUGGGGAACGAUGGUAUUCACCCUGAGUGACUCGUACUUUUGGGUGCCGAUCAUAGCCCCGAUGCUAGGAGGCCCCAUUGGCGCCGGCAUGUAUAUCGUCCUGGUGGAGCAGCAUCAUCCCGUGGAGUACGGUCACCCACGUGCGUAAAUGUUAUGUAGCGUAGACACCUAUAAAGUCUAGUAAAGUUGUGUUCUUUGUUCUUUGA